AUGGUGUCCUUCCUCGAUGAAGAACUUACGGGCAUCUUAGCUGCCAUUGCUUCACCGCUAUGCAUGGCAAUUGGAUUCAUUGUAUGGGACAAAACCUGGAAGGGAUCCAGUGCCUUUUCUCUCAACCUAUUCAAAUGCAACUUUGCGUCCAUCAUUUUUGUGGUGGUGGGGUUGAUUUUUGGCUUUUUGUUCGAGAAGGAUGAUUUCUCAUUGGAACAUAUUGGUUGGUUGAUUUUAUCUGGUGUUCUAGGAAUCAUUGUGGGGGAUUGGUUGUGGUUGGAAGCUCUGCAAAGACUCGGCGCUUUUCAAGUGUUGGUGAUUGAUACCAUCAAGCCAUUUUGUGCGGCUGUAAUGGGACGGUUUUUGUUGGACGAGGGAACAAUACAUCCUAUUUCCUAUGCGGCGAUGGCAUUGACUAUGACCGGAGUUCUGGUGGUCAGCCUAGAGCAAAACAAGCUGGCAUCCUCUGUCGAUAACGAACCAAUUGAUGACAAUUCGGACGAAACGAAAACUGAUGGUCACGAAACUACUCGUACGAUACCGCCAUCCUCGACAAUGGAUGUUCCUGCCGCUGAUGCUAUGCAAGAUGAGAAUAGAAACGAUGAGGAAGACGGUAUAAAUGGAACCGGCAGUGCAUUGAAGUCGAACCAGGGUGACAAUCAAGAUGAUCGGAUAGUAGGCAUAAGUCCAGUCGCCGUUGAAGAGAAUCAGACCACUUCAUUUCGAAAGGUGGGAUACAUUCUUGCGGUUAUGAAUGUGCUGUUAGAUACAUAUGGAUCGCUUUUGACCAAGCAACAUGGUUGGAAUUUCACCACUUGGGGGAUCAAUCUGAUACGGUUUGGUUGUUCUGGUGUGCUCAUGGCCAUUGUUUCCGUGAGCUUAGCACUGUACCAAAGACCCAGCAAAAAUGACAGUGAUCAAGAGCCGAAGAAGGAAGCAUGGUUCAAACUACCAAGUAAAACAAUUCGAAUGUGGGCACAAGUGUGUCUCGGCGUGGUCUUUGUGACGUUCCUGUGCCCUGCACUGAGCAAUUAUGCUCUGUUUCAAAUCCCCUUGGCCUACGCGCUUACGCUUACAUCUAUUACCCCACUCUAUGCGGCAUUCUUCGAAUGGACAUUUUGGGGUCAAUCGAAGCGGCCAACGUUCCGUGCGCUGCUCGGAUCGUCUAUGGCAGUUGGAGGGGUGGUUUGGUUGGGAAUUCUCAACGCUCAAGUGAACGAAGAAUGA